UUUUAUCAAAAGAUCGAUUCAUAUAUUUAAAAAUUAAAUCACAGGAUUUAAUUUAUUGAGUUUUAGUUAAUAAUUUUAAAUAAUUUAACAGCUAUGAAGAUUAAAAUAGUUGGUAGAAAUUGCUGAACUGCGUUCUUUAAUGUAAUAAAUGAAUCAAGAUGGAUGCCGGAAAAUUUACCUCAUUACAAAACAUAACUGAUUUUGGUGAGCUAAAAGCUAAACUAAAUGAUAUUAUUAGAGAAGGAAAUAAUUACGAACAUGAUGUAUCUUCGUGUCUCAAAGAAUUGCUGAAAAGUAGCGACGACUCAAUUGUAUUAUUGAGUAUUAAGGCAAUUUCUGAGGUAGUUAAAUGCGAUGAAAAACGUGAAACGUAUGCACAAUUCGAAAUUAUUGAACCGAUAUUAAAUAUCUUAAGCAAGGAGUUAAUACCAGACAAUUACGAUAUUUUUAAACAGUGUCUAAGAGCACUAGGCAAUCUGUGUUGUGAUUGUGAUACCUCGAGGAAAAUUAUACUAGAUUGUAAUGGUGUUAGUAUAAUUAACAAUAUGUUAAGUAAUGCUAGCUCUUUUGAUGACAUAAAGGUGCUUGGUUGCAAGGCAUUGCUCAACUAUGCUAUAGGGGGUGAGGAAUUUUCAGGUUCUUUGACAGCAAAUGGAAUCACAGAACAGGUCAAGAAGAUCAUUUCAUCUGAACUUGAGAGAGAUGAAAUGAAUGAUGAUUUACUGUCUACCACACUGCUCAUUCUAAGUGUAAUUAAUGAUAAUGAUCCACAGUAUCACUUUCCUGAUGAUAUUAAUAUAGCUGUGCUCAAAAUUCUCAAAGAAACAGAAAAUGUUGAAAUAUCUGAAUUGUGUUUAGAGCACCUGUCAACACAAGUUAGAGAGCAUGACUCAGUGAAAAUUCUUCUUGCUAAAGAAGGUGGAGUUGAACUAAUAUGCUCUCGACUGGAAGAGCUGAUGCAAAAACAGGCAAGGGAUGUGACAGGGGUAGAAGGCCAGAUUGAAGGUAUCAUCAAACAAGCCUGCAAUCUCAUCGUACUCGUAUUGACUGGAGAUGAAGCAAUGCCAAUACUGUACAACAAUGGUGAAGGCCAAGUGUAUCUGACAACAGUGAGGUGGUUACAGUCCACCGACCAUCACAUACUCAGCACAGCUCUGUUGGCCGUGGGGAACUUCGCGAGACGAGAUGCCUACUGCACUCAAAUGAUGAGUGAUAACAUGUUUGAUAAGCUGCUCGAUAUAUUCGAGGAAUACCACAAACUGAGCUUGAAACAGAUUGAGCAGGAGGCGUCGGAAUGUGAGAAGUCCGAGGUGAACCAGAUCCAGCACGCCGCGCUGUCGGCCGUCAGGAACCUGAUGGUGCUGGCCAGCAACAAGGAGAAGGUGGCACGGCAGGGCAGGGCCGCCCCACUGCUGCUCCGUGCGCUGCCCAACAUUGAGGAGCAUCAUGUGGCUUACAAACUGAUGGCAGCACUGAGGAUGCUGGUGGACAAACAAGAGAGCGUAGCGCGUCUCGUCAGCGAGGACAGGUCGGCCCUGCGUGCGAUAGCGGCGUGGGGGCGCACGGGGGAGCAUGCGGGAGCAGCGGGGGAGGCGCCACGCCUGCUUGCUUGGACUCUGCGCCACGCCGGCGUCGCUCUGCCGCCGGUGGAGGGUUGCGUCAGAAUCCUGGUGUCUAUGAUGGUGGCGAGCCACUCGGUGAUGCAGAACGAAGCCAUCACCAGUCUGACCCUGCAGGCCGUACGCACAGACGACAUAGACGAGUUCAACGCACAACUCGCGGACGCAGAGAUCGGUAAGCACGUUACAGUUCUCGUCGAGACUAACUGCGCCAAGCUGCCGCCGGAAGUCGCUGAGAACCUGCUAGCAUUCCUCGACGUGACAGCCGAUUAUGAACUCGUCUUGUGCGAUUAUUUUGAGAAUAUGGUCCACAAUGCUCUGCACAAGUUGAUUGAUUCUAGACAAGACUUCAGUGAUAUGAUCAAGAAACGCGCUUCAAGGGUUAUCUCCAAGAUCUGUUGUACCAUGGACGAAGAAUAAUUUUUACUUAUUACUUUAGUUUAACUUUAGUUUCAAAAUGUAAAGAGAAAACUUUGUAUGCCGUCGAAGUAUAUUGCACAGGACAAAUACAUCUGAGAGACUCAUAUUGUAAUACAUAACACAAUAAAAACUCGCUUCUGGGAUUAUUUAUACAAAUUAAAUUUGUAACCAAAAUUGAACGAUGCGAGACUCGAACCCGCCUCUCCGGUUGCGUCCGAGCGCUCUUAUCAACUGAGCCAACCGUUCGAGUGACGUAUGUAUCGUAAAUCUUAGUAUUACUGUUGCAUAACACAAUAUUGUUGGGUUAGAGCCAAUAUAAGGCACGGUGUCGUGAGAAUCUGCAAUAUAAUAAUACUAUUUAUAAUAAACAAAUAAUUUAUUGAAAUAAUAUCUGCUCUAAUGAAACAAAAAUGUGCAAGUUUUAUUUAUUAUUGAUAACUUAUUUUGAAUAAUAUAAAAUUUCUGAUGGUGGUCAUUUUGAUAGCUAAGUAAAGUCAGGUUUUUAUGAAUUGUAACUGAGAAAUCCAAUUAGGCAACACUUUCAAGUCCAAUUUUUUUAAUAUACCUAUGUAAAUUGGACACCCAACCGACUACGGUUAUAUACUAAUAUAGUUAAUUUUAUUAAGUGUUUGUAAAACUUUUGGUUGAAAUUUUUGUCUAGCCAAUCAAGAUGAUAACUUUGUACUAAAACUUUUUUGUGUGCUUGAUAUGUGCAUUUCAUAAUGUUAUUUAUUGAUAAACACCUUACUUAUAUGAAAUAUUUAGAUAUACAAUUAAUAUUAUAACUAUUUACUAUAAUACUGCUUUUCUCUAUCUCAAAAAUUUAGAUGAAAUUUAUGAAAAGAGGAAAUCUUUUAACAUUUUCAACUUAAAAUAUAUUUUACUUAAUGAUAUCACGGAUCUGCUAUCCGUGUCCUAACACUGAUCUUUAAUAGCAUCGCGUUGGCCUACGGACUUGCAUCCCGUGCCACUAAAUAAAUUAAAAAAAAAAUUACAUUGCGUUAUUUGAAUACGAAGUGUUAGUUCUAGUAAGAUGUGCACAUUUUGCCUAAUAUUAUACUAUAGCUGGUAUAGGAUGUAAAGUUUUGUCGUUUCUAUGUAAACUAGCUAAUCUCUCUAUGCAAAUGUUUACGUGUGCUUUGAGCUAAAAUAAUAUUUGUAUAUUUGUAAUAAAGGCACACAUUUUUGUCAGGGUCCCGUAACUUUAAAUACUUUUAUUAAUAAUUACUCAACUGUGCUAAUACAUAUAGAUUUAAGACUAAAUGUUUGGAAGGAGCUGGGCUGGUUGGAAUGAAAUGAAUGGUCCAAAACUGCACGCAAAAUGGACAAAACUUAGCGGUCUAAUUGCGAAAACAUUGAGCCCCUUACCAAUAGACUAACUGUUUCAAAACAUUAAUAUUAAUAAUAAAAAUAUAGAAUGGUAAAAACUUUUAAUUUUGUACUAAGCCCUAUUUACCUAGUAAUUAUUCUUAUUUAUAUCAGUAUUUUUAAGCAUUAACAUUGCCCCCGGCUUGACACUUUUGUGAAAUAAAUAUAAAACGUGAUUAAUUGAGUAAUAGGAGUACAAAUUUUCGUUGACGUAGAUAUUUUUUGUAAUCUAGGAAUUCCAAUAUAUAUCAGUAUUAAAUCACAAUCUCUUUUUCUUUCUUAAAAUGCCAAAAAUAUUGAAUUUCUAACCAUGUACCUACCAGUCCAAAUCUACUUAUUAAAAUAUCAGUUUGAAUGACAGAGUGAGAUCAUAAAGACAUUAAUAAAUUUAAUAGUAUAUUAUAGUUUAUUGAUCAUAACAAACACAAUAAGUCUCAUCACAAUUAAAAAAUAAACAAAAAUCGUCUUUAUGUCUUCAGCUUUAAGGACCAAUAUUAACACGCCUUGAUGUUUGACCAAUGUGGAUUAAUCAUUCAUUGUUAGAUUUUAUUGAAAUAAUAAUAAAAUAAUGCACUUACUGUUGACCUUUAAGGGGUCUACAAAUAAAGAACCACGAACAAAGAAAGUUCACGAACGAAUCGGAAAAGGUGAGCGAAACAAUAUGUAACUGUCGCUCGGUUUCGUUCGCCGUUGUUCUUUGUAUUUGGCACUUUCCACAUAGCCUGAUAAAUUAAGCUUGAGCAAUGAGCGUAAUUUUAUUCGAUUACCAGGCUUUAUGAAUCAAAUUUUUUAUUAUACUAUCUUUGUAUGUGUAGGUAGCUUAAUUAUAUUAUUUCUUUAUAAUUAUGAAAUGUUCGUAAUUAAAAAUAAUUUAAUCACAUUAUUAUAAUAAGUAAAUGUUGCAUUUAUUAGAAUUUACGUCUUGUUAUUGUCACGCUUUAAUAAAUCAAUCAAUCAAUCCUUACAUUA